AUGGCGUGGAACGACGACCUCCUACUCAAAGUCGUCAACAUUGUUGCCUACGUCUUUUUCACCUCGGGUAAUGUCUAUUCCCAACUCGGUGUCGGUGCAGACCCCGUCGUCCAGGAAACCUACCUCACCCCCGCGCGCUGGAUCUUUGGAGUAUGGCCUUUCAUCCACGCCCUUUUCUUGGGCAUGAUCAUCUACCAGUUCACCGAAGCUGGAUCUACCCAUGUCGUGCACGGUAUCGGAUGGCGCUUCCCCGGUCUUUGCAUCCUCAAUGCUAUCUACUCCGGCUUGACCUCGGCACAGUUGAACGCACACCACGAUCGAAUCUACGCUAUCCUUGCAUUUAUCGUUAUGCUUCUCAUCGCAGGAACUGUCUCGCACUGCUAUAGGUCGCUCAAGGUUCAUCACACGGCAAACAACCUCGCUGAUACGAUUCUGGUUCAUCUGCCCUUCAGCUUGUACCACGGAUUCGUCGUUGUGCUCCUCUUCGUUACCGCCUUCGAGGCAUUCGGCCUCAACGCAGUGACACACAAGGCUGGGAUCAUUACAAAGAUCCUUGUCUUCCUCUCGCUCUUGUUCUUGGAGUCGACCGCAGCCGGUUACGUUUGGUACUCGGAGGGAGACGUGGCUGGAGCAUUGGUCAUCAGUCUCAGUCUGCUGGCCAUCUUCCAACACCAGACUAGCAGCAAGUUCAUUCACUGGUCUGCACUCGCUUUCUUUAUUAUCAGCUUGAUUGCGGUAUUGAGGGCCGUGCUUAGCAUCUUUACUAGCAGGAACAGGACCGCACUCAACGACGAGGAGAGGGCUCCUCUCGUUGGUUGA